AUGGAUUUUCUCAUCAAGUUUGCUUCCGAGCACGAGUCCUUCAGGGUCCCUGAGAUUGAAGCGCUGGCAAUCAUCGAAGGCCUGGAUCUCAAAAUCAAAGAAUAUGACCGCGAGUCUCCAUUCUGCGUCGUCCAACUUCCGUCAGUAGACGACGCAAAGAAACUCCUCCGGCGCUCAGUUCUCGCCCACUCAAUACACGAGCUAUGGGGAACGGGCAAGACUUUCGACGCCCUCCACGAGGUAAUCAAGUCUCAAACCUCCCACCUCUGGCCUAAAUACAAAGAAACUUCAUUCAAAUUCGUCGUCGACUCGUUUCAAGGAGCGCAUACCAACAAGGAGCGCCUUGCCCUCAUCGACACAUUCAGCUACCUCCCCUUUGACGGCCCCAUCCGCAUGUCCAACCCCGAUGACACAUUCACCGUCUUCGAGUUCUGGCCCUUCAACAGCGUUCCCCUGAAAAUCCAGCACCCAGAUGUCAUCCGCCUGGGCCGCUUCGUGGCAAACUCUGCCCGCGACAUCAUCCACAGAUACGACCUCAAGAAGCGCGAGUACAUCUCCACCACCAGCAUGGACGCCGAGCUCUCCCUCGUCACCGCAAACAUCGCCCUCGCCGCCCCUGGAAAGCUCUUCUACGACCCAUUCGUCGGCACGGGCUCUUUCCCAAUUGCCUGCGCCCACUUUGGCGCCAUCGGCUGGGGUAGCGAUAUUGACGGCCGUAGCAUGCGUGGCGAGGGCGACAAGAAGAAGAGCCUGCCGGGCAACUUUUCUCAGUACGGGCUCAAGCCCCAGUUGGGAGGCUUCUUCUCCGCGGACUUGACGAAUACGCCCAUCAGGCGGAGGAGGACAUGGGAUGGCAUCGUGUGUGAUCCGCCUUACGGGGUGAGAGAAGGGUUGAAGGUUCUGGGGCUGAAGAAUCCCGAAAACGCCACAUGGCUGAUUGAGCUCGGAAUAAACGAGUGGCAAUCACCAGACUACGUCCCUCCCAAGAAGCCAUACAGCUUCCUAGCCAUGCUCGACGACAUUCUCUCCUUCGCCGCAGAUACCCUAGUAGACAACGGCCGUCUAUCAUUCUGGAUGCCCACGGCAAACGACGAAGAGCAAGAGAUCCCUGUCCCGACACAUCCCUGUCUCGAAGUGGUCGUGGUCUGCGUGCAAGUCUUUAGCAAAUGGUCGAGAAGGCUGAUAACCUACCGGCGUCUACCCGACUCGCAGGUCUCAAGCACUGAUCUUGAAGCACACGAGAAGCGGAGGCAGGAGGCCGCAGCCGCACACACGGGCACAACAGCAGAUGACCUCAACCCAUUUCGACGAGGUUACUUUAGAAAAUUCGAGGCUGAAUAA